CCAAGUCUCCAUCAUCAUCAACUUCUUCUUCUUCUUCUUACUUAUUCAAACACACAACACAAGAACACCAAACAACAUAACUAAACACCCUCUCUAGCUAUCUCUCACACGCACAAUGAGUAGUAAUUUCAAUGAGGAUGAUGAUCGAGACUACAACCCAUUUGUUAACUUCCAUAACCGAUUCUCAUCAGACCACAACAACUUCAACAAGAGGAUCUUGCUGGUUGCCAUAGUUUCAUUAUCAGCGGUGUUAGCUCUGGUUCUGGCACUUCACCUCUACGCCAGGUUCGUUCUCCGUCGCCAAGCUCGCCGUAGAGCCGCCAUUCACCAACUCACCCUCACCGUCGCCGCCCACAACACCACCCAAUUCGCCAACGAAGGUCUCGACGCUACCCUCAUCAACGCGCUUCCCACUUUCAUCUUAAACAAAUCGCAAGAAGAUGAAAGUGAAGAAUGCGCGGUGUGCUUGAGCGCUUUGGAACAUGAAGAAAAGGUGAGGCUGCUUCCGAAUUGCAAGCAUACUUUCCACGUGAGUUGCAUCGACACGUGGCUGACUUCCCACUCCACGUGUCCUGUUUGUCGAACCAAAGUCGAACCCACUAACACGGGACCCAAGCUCGAGCUGCAGCCGCGAGAGGGUCCCGUGUUGAUAGGUCCGCAUGAUGCAACAGCACCCUCAGCUCCUGUUUUGUUUGAGCCAGGAGCUGAAGGCACGUCUGAUAGUUCGCCUAAAAUUCAUGGUUCAAAUCCUUCGAGGUUGAGCUCGUUCCGGAGAAUGCUUAGUAGGGAGAGAUCGUUAAGGAGAAUCCAACCUUCUAGUUGUGAUGAUAUUGUUGAUCAUGAUUUAGAGAGGCAGUGAUUGAAUCAUUGUUCUUGAUCAUAUAUGGUUUUGAACUUUUUAUUAUUUUUUCUCAGUAUGUAUACAGAUUGAUACGCACAGGCACAGGAAGAGCUAUAGAAAAAUUGAAAAGAAAAUAUGAUUUGGAUGCAAUAAUGCAGUGAAUUUUUUUUUGUGUGUGCAUCAGUGCAUGUACCAUUAUGUUCUUAUUGUUCUAUAGUCAAAAUAUGGAGAUUUUUGGGUUGAA